CAGGAGGCGUGUGAGUAAGUGUAUUCAAACGUGUGUGUACAUGUGUGUGUCCCUCAGAAGGGCCAUGACACCAAAGCCUGUAGUGAUCGGUCCUGCUUGGUGACUCCUCCUCAUGUCUAGUCAGAAUGGAUGAAAGCACAUUUGAGACUUUUGAGGAAGAACUUGGGGCCACACAACAGGACGUUCCUCACCCAAAGCAUCCCAGACAAUCUCGUCGGCCUGAAAUGUAUCCACAGAGAAGAGUGAGAGAGGAACCUCAAGUCUUCCAGCAGAUCCCGAAGUCUCAUCCUCGUGAGGCAACAGUCUCAAGAGGUGUGUCAUUGCGAAAGUCUGCGUCUAUUCAGAACAUGGCCCAGACCGAGGUACCAUGGGAGGGAGUGACGCUAAACCGUUGCCUCUUCAUAGCCAUCACUAUACUGGUCCUCAGCUCAGGGUUUCAAAGACUACACGAUUUUGUACGAGGUCGCAAAGAUGGGACGGAUUUGGAGCCCAUUGGUUCUCUACUAAACGUCAGACACACUGCGCUGAGAAAGCACCGCUUACCAGUACCUGAGCCUGAGACGUCUCUGUGGGACACGUUUUUCUGGUGGGUGAGCGACGACGAAGAAGAAGGCAGACGAGGCAAGUCAAGGAAAGUGACUCGAGAAAAAGCUAUUCGAGGCCUCAGACACAAAGCGAUACCAGACAGGAAACUCCUAAAGGACAGGGAGGGCAGAUUCAAAGCACGGAGGGGUAACGCAGGACGGGCCGCAGAGAAGAGUCGUGAGAACGUAAAGCCACAACAAGAGAAAGUGAAAAGACUUGAGAAGCUGAAAAAAGAAGAGAAGGAGAAAAAGGAGAAGGUGGUAAAAAAAAUGCCGUAAAGAGAAAAUUGCUUUAUAAUUGAGCAAUAGGUGAUGGUAUGCGUAUGGUAGUAUUUAAUUUUCUGAUCUUCAGCUGAGCGUGAGACUGAAAAUGAGCACAUACUGUAUGCGGAUGUAAAAUAUUCAAUACAUUUGCAGGCACUUUAAUGCGAUGCAAAUAACUAGGUUGCGUUAAUGUUUUAUUUGUAGAUUGGGAACAUUGUAUGGAAAAUAAA